AGUUAAACCCCGUGUGUCCAGGGGGAUGAAAACGCCUGCGCCGGUACGAUCAAUAAAUACCCGAAGUCGAGGCCAAGAGGCCAGUAGCAUACGAAUUCGCGUCGAGUGAGCAGCGUUUACCUUAACGAAUCAUUUUUAAGUGUUAAAUUUUCCUUUAAACAGUGUUUAAUUGGGCGCUUGACGAGCGGCUCAAUCAUGCAACCACCACCGAGGAAAGGGAAUUACGCGAAAUUCCUGAAAAAUGUGCAUGCAGAGCAGGCGGCAAAAUUGCAGGUGAAAAAUCAACAUGAGUGUGACCUAUUAGAGGACAUCCGGAAUUUCACAUUAAAAAAAUCAGCAAUCGAGAAAUCGUACUCCGAGGCACUGCUCAAAAUAUCCUCGGCGUAUUUAAAUAAGAAAAUACCAAAUAUUCCGGACCUGAAGAUCGAUGGGGCUGAGGAAAAAUGGAAUAUGUGGAAUGUUUGGCGAACUGUCCUGGAAGAGAACGAGAAAUUGGCUCGAGCCCGUCUCGCAGCAGUUGAGGUAUUUCAACAGCAGAUUGCCGAUGAUGCUAAGGUCCUCAGAAUGCACAAGAUGCAGAUAUCGAAGAAGGCAAUCGACCAAUUGAUGAUAGUACAAAAGGAACUGCAGAUGUGCGUGCAGGAUGUUGAUAAAACGAAGAAAUUGUAUUUCGAUGAGGAACACAGUGCUCACGACGUACGUGAUAAGGCGAAAGAUAUUGAGGAGAAAAAAAAUCUUCGCAGAUUAAAGAAGAAAAAGGGUUCCUUCUUCCAGUCAAUUACAUCUUUACAAAAAAAUAGCGCUAAGGUGACAUCGAAGCGAGAUGCCCUAGACGAGAAGUCGACGGGUGCCCGUAAUGAUUACUUGUUGAGCCUGGCAGCUGCCAACGCCCAUCAAAAUCGUUAUUUCGCCAUUGACCUGCAGAACACCAUGCAGUAUCUUGAACAGGGGGUGUAUGACAAAGUACAGGAGUACUUGACUCUCAUGGGACGCACUGAAUUGCUGACCUGCAUGGCAACCCAGAACAGCUUCACCACUAUUCGGGAUCAGGCACAGCAGCUGACGAGGGAGUAUAAUAUUCAGUGCUGCAACUUGUAUUAUCCGACGCUCAAACAACAUAUACAGUACGAAUUUGAGCCGUGUGAUAAUGACCAAAUUGACAGGGUAACCGCUGAUCACUCCGCUGCGACGACACUUGGCAAAGAAGCUCGCCGUUGGUCGCAAAGAAUUGCCCGUGAAGUUGCAACAAUUCGCGAGAGCAACCGUAAACUCCAAGUUCUUCUGCAACUCAAGGAGUCAGGACACAAGAGCGAUCCCAACGAUCCCAAUGGGCCCGAUCUAGACACCAAGAUCGACGAGCUGAAGCACACAGCACGUCGAGCCGAGACUGCUAAAAUGAAGGCCGAGGCGAGGAUCGAGUGCUUGCGAUUAGGUGGAGUGAAUGUUGAUGAGUUCCUCCAGGAGGCGGAGACUCUCAGUGUUCAGGAUAUGCCACGAUCAGCGAGUUCAUUGUCAGUGAGAACUGAUGCUUCUGGUGCAGCGGAACAUCCAUCCUCGGAUUCAUUCUACGAUAGUGACAACGACGCUGGGAGUGAUCUGACGACAGUAGAGAGACCAGGAAGUGGCAGGCAUGUAUCUGAACACCACGAGGACGAUCAGAGAGACGAGAGGGAGAGGCACGACAGUGCUGAAGUCGACGCGCUACUGGAACAAGAAAAACAGCGGAUAGAACAGAUGGCCGCAGACUGGGACGAUCCAACAUCAAUAGACUGGGGAACUGACGACAAAGAUGAAAUUCCAGAGCCUUCAGAAGUCAUUACCACUGGCCAACAGCCACAACUAUACAAGUGCACUGCGCUAUACUCAUACACAGCGCAAAAUCCCGAUGAACUAUCGAUCGUCGAGAGCGAGCAGUUGGAGGUAGUUGGCGAGGGUGAUGGAGAUGGCUGGCUACGAGCUCGUAAUUAUCGAGGUGAAGAGGGCUUUGUACCCCAAAAUUACUUGGAUGUGGAGAGAGAAUCAGCAACUGCCACUGGGCUUAUUUCACAUGGUCCUGGACUUGUCACUCAAAUUUCUUUCUCCUCCGUCGAUUACACUAUUGAUGAUCAUGACGCUGUCGAUCCAGACGCACAUCUUCAUACAACAGCAGUUAAUCAAGUACCAGAACAGGUAGAUAAUCUCGUUGAAUCGACGGAAGUGUACUGCAUCGCCCUGUACGAUUAUGACGCAACUUGUGAUGAAGAAUUGACGUUCCUCGAGGGUGAUAUACUGAGGGUAUUGAAAACAGAACCGCACGACGUGGAUGAUGGCUGGUGGGAAGGUGAAUUGCGUGGGCAAAAAGGCCUUUUCCCGUCUCUGGUCGUCGAACCGUGCGCCCUCGAUGGCUCUCCAUUGACCCCACAGGAGGAGACAACGCCCCCCAGCUCUGCACCCCCAGUUUUCACACCACCUGAUGUUCCCGAUUUUGUUCUAGCUGAUGAGAUAACACGAGCCAUGUUUAAUGAAUCAGACGAAGACAAGCCACCACUGAUAAACGGCGAAGCCCCUGAUGGAUUUGCAAUAAACUUGCCGAAAAUCCAGAAGGACCAAUACGGUAUGCAAUUCAAUGGUCCCCAGACGGAGCCGCCAGGAAUAAUUGUCGUACAAGUAUCGGACGAGUCCGGCGAACAGGAAGGUGAAGAGGUCGAGCGUGACAUAGCGCCUAAAACGAGGAAAGAGAUGAAGUCUGAAGGUCAGGAUGAUGAUUUUGGUUUGGGUGUUGCACAGAUUGUGAUAACAGCUGCAACACCUAUGGAGGAAGUUGAACAUCCAUUUCCAGGUGAUGGUGAGGAUCCCCCUGAGGAUGUGGCCGAGACAACAGAGGAGCCAGAGAGUACAGAAUCAGAGAUGGAGACUAAGGUCGAGAUGAAGAGUGAAGAGGAGGUGACCAAAGAGACGACUGACGACAACACCGAGGAAGUUGAGGAGAAAUCAACGGUGGAUGAUUUGCCAGCGGAUUCGGCACCAUUUCCGGUAAGCAGUAGUUCUGGAUCUGAUGGAGAUUCAACAUCAGGACCAAGUACAGCCGAUAAUUCACAGUCAUUACCCUCACGUCGUACUGUUAUCGAAAUACAGACUGAAUUGGAAACGAGCGAUGAACAGCCUGAUAUUAUACCAGAGAAGAUGCUCGUUGGUGGACGUGCCAGUAUUCCAGAUGAAUUACAACCAGAUCAAUUGGAAAAAUUACAGAAUCUCAAAGAAUCAAAUGCCUAGGAUUGACUAGACCUCGGAGAAGAUGAGUAUCCUGCCUUAAAUAACAAACUGGCUCUUCCGAAAAAUCAUCAAAAUAAAUUUCAACAUCUCUUGGAUUUUUGGAAAUCUCCGGAGGUUAUUGGAAACAAAGACUAACGUUAUAUAACGAUAUUAUCACCCUGGAUAAAUGGAUGAUCGAUAAUAACUAUGAGCUGAUCUUUCGAGACAUUUUUUUUUCGAAGUUAUACCUUUCCAAAUCCAAGCAAUUAAAACUUUUGCGGGCCUGCGCAAUCCAUCAAAAAUGAUGAGAUUAAUAACAACAACCCACAAUUUUGUCGACUAAAAUUUUUAUGUUGAUAUUGUUAUGUACACAACUUUUUGCUAGGCUAUAUUAUACUUUAGUGACUCUACUAAAUUACGGAUUAAUCGGAUAAUCGUUGCCAUCAUUUUGCAGUGUCACUCGCGUGGAACAUUUAAAAUUAAAUACACUGGAUAAAAAAAGAAACCAAGUUGCGCGGUUGCCAUCAUAAAUAUACUGGAGCAUUAACGAAGACGAGUAAGAACUAACGAAAAAAAGAGGAAAUAUAUUACUGUACAGUCGUAAGAUAAUAAAGUGAAUUGUCGAUACCUGUGUUAGACGAUAAAUGGCCUCGAUAAAUCAUUGUGCCCAUUGAUCAAUGUGUAAUCAGAGAAGAACCGAGACUGGUGUUGGAUGUAUAGAGAUAACUAUCAUUAAAUCCAUCCCACGUUAAUUAAAGUCAUGGAGAAAAUUGAUAUGAGUAAUUCACCUUUUAAUAAUGCCUUAUAUACGCUCCUCUCGCUAUCACCGGAUUCCUUCUUUUAGUUGACAUUAUUAUAUCCAUUCCUAUUAAAAAAUAACAACCCAAGUAUUUGACAUUCAUUCAAAUUUCAGGGAAGACCAUACCUAAAUUUAUAACAAUUUCAAGGUUUUUCAUUGCCCUAGAUAAUAAAUCUGAUAAUCAGCUGAUUAGUUAAUGCAAAU